CUCCUCCCUCCCCGGUCCCCUUCAGUGCUGAGCUCCGCUUCCUUCUCGGCUCUCAGUCUCUCCUCGCUCCCCAGGAUGUUGCUGAUGUGCAGCCCCGCUCCCCGCACGUUACUCCCGGCUCUGUGCCUUCUGCUCACCGGCUUUCUCUUACUCACCGGGACCGACGGCGACAGCUUCCCCCAGCAGCACACGAUGCAGUUUUGGGCCAAAAGGUUGGAACAGGAGUUUGACAGAGUCAUGCGAAUUUUUGGUGGAAGCCAACAGCUGCGAGGGCUCUAUAAUGAUAAAAGGAACCUGUUUGAGGUGAAGGAAAACGUGCCGCGGAAGCUGGUGGAGAAGGUGGCUGGUGACAUUGAGAGUCUCCUCGCCAAAAAAGUGCGCGCUCUGAAGAGACUGGCUGAGGCUGCAGAGAAGUUCCAGAAGGCUCAUCGCUGGCAGGAUAACAUCAGGGAAGAAGAUAUUGAAUAUUAUGAUUCCAAGGCAGACACAGAAUAUGAAGACCUGGAGGGGGAGGAUGAGCCCAGAGAACCCACACACUCGUUAAAGAUUGACUUUGCAGAUGAUGCCAAUUUUAAGGCGAAGGUGAAUUACAAUUACACAGCAGUGCAAAUCCCCACGGACAUCUACAAGGGCUCUACAGUCAUUCUGAAUGAGCUGAACUGGACAGAUGCCCUAGAAGAUGUCUUCAUCCAAAACCGAUUGGAGGACCCAACGCUGCUGUGGCAAGUCUUUGGUAGCGCCACUGGAGUCACCCGUUAUUACCCAGCCACACCUUGGAGGGCUCCCAGCAAGAUAGACCUGUAUGAUGUCCGUAGGAGACCAUGGUACAUACAGGGAGCCUCUUCGCCAAAGGACAUGGUGAUCAUCGUCGAUGUCAGUGGCAGUGUAAGUGGUCUAACCCUGAAGCUUAUGAAGACAUCUGUCAUGGAGAUGCUGGAUACUUUGUCUGAUGAUGACUACGUGACUGUCGCCUCGUUCCAUGAGAAAGCAGAACCUGUCUCCUGCUUCAAGCAGUUGGUCCAGGCCAAUGUGAGAAAUAAAAAAGUGAUAAAGGAGGCUGUGCAAGACAUGGUGGCCAGAGGGACAACUGACUACAAGGCUGGAUUUGAGUAUGCUUUCAGCCAGCUGCAGAAUACCAGCAUCACCCGUGCCAAUUGUAACAAGAUGAUCAUGAUGUUCACAGAUGGGGGGGAGGAUCGCGUGCAAGAUGUGUUUGAGAGAUACAACUGGCCAAACAAAACUGUGCGUGUAUUUACCUUCUCUGUUGGGCAGCACAAUUAUGAUGUUACUCCUCUUCAGUGGAUGGCCUGUGCGAAUAAGGGUUACUAUUUUGAGAUCCCGUCUAUUGGAGCCAUCAGGAUUAACACUCAGGAGUACCUGGAUGUCCUUGGGCGCCCCAUGGUAUUGGCUGGAAAUGAAGCCAAACAGGUUCAGUGGACUAACGUGUAUCAGGAUGCGCUGGGUCUUGGAUUGGUGGUGACUGGAACUCUGCCUGUGUUUAACCUAACAGAGGAUACAGGGAGUGCUGGGAAGAACCAGUUGAUUCUAGGGGUGAUGGGAAUUGAUGUUGCCUUGGAUGACAUCCGCAAGUUGAUGCCUCGUUACAGUUUGGGAGCCAAUGGAUACAUGUUUGCCAUUGACCUGAAUGGAUAUGUUCUGCUGCAUCCCAACCUGAAGCCACAGAUCAUUAACUUUCAGGAACCAGUGACUCUGGAUUUUCUGGAUGCUGAGCUGGAAGAUGAGAAUAAGGAAGAGAUACGCAGGAAAAUGAUAGAUGGAUUGGAGGGUCAAAAAACUAUCCGCACAUUGGUGAAGUCACUGGAUGAGAGAUACAUUGACGAAUCCGAGAGAACUUAUACAUGGGCUCCCAUACACAGCACAAACUACAGCUUGGGUCUGGUGUUACCUCCAUACAGCUCCUAUUACCUACGUGCAAAUCUGAUUGAUCAGAUUCUCCAGGUGCAGUAUUCUAACAAGAAAACUAAGGAUUUUGAAUCUUUGCUUCCUAACAACUUUGAAUCAGAAGGACGAGUAUUUCUUGCUCCGAGACAAUACUGCAAGGAGCUUGAACAGUCCAACAACAACACUGAAUUUCUUGAAAAUUUUAUAUCAUUAAUGGAAAAAGUAACUCCAGAUUCUAAACACUGUGACAGUUUUCUGCUCCAUAAUUUGAUCUUGGACACGGGAAUCACACGGGAUUUGGCAGAUCGUGUUUGGAAAGACAAGGAUCUUCUCACAUAUGGACUUCUCGCUGUUUUUGCUGCCACUGAUGGAGGAAUAACAAGAGUUUUUCCCAACAAAGCGGCAGAUGAUUGGAUGGAAGAUUUGGAGCCACACAAUGCCACAUACUACCGCAGGAGCCUGGAUAAUAAGGGCUAUAUCUUCAGGGCUCCCUACAGAGAAUCUGGGUACCGGCCCUCUGACCUUGAGAAUAACACUGUUGGCAUUCUGGUGAGCACUGCUGUGGAGCUUGAUGUCUCGGGCAAGAAGCUUAAACCUGCAGUGGUCGGGGUGAAGCUGGACCUGGAAUCUUGGGUGGAAAAGUUCAAAGUUCUGGCUAGUAACCAAUCGGAACGGCACCCGCAGGGACCACACAAGUGCAGUCCCUCUGCCAGCUGUGAGAUGGACUGUGAUGUCAACAAUGAGGAACUCCUGUGUGUGCUGAUUGAUGACGGAGGAUUCCUGGUCAUGUCUAAUCAGCAGGACCACUGGUCUCAGGUUGGGAAGUUCUUCAGCGAAGUGGACCCCAAUCUCAUGUCUGCUCUUUAUAAUAAUUCAUUUUUCACAAGGAAGGAGUCCUAUGAUUACCAGUCUUUGUGUGCCCCAAAGACUGAAAGCAACAAAGGGGCAGCACCUCGUGGAAUCUUUGUGCCAACAAUCGCUGAUGUUCUGAACCUGGCCUGGAUAACCUCAGCAGCUGCUUGGUCUCUGUUCCAGCAUCUCCUCCUCAGUGUCGUAUAUAACAGUUGGCUUCAAGCAGAUGAUAUCACAGCAGAGAAUCUGGAGCCCCGGGAAGCCACUUGCAUCAUGAAACAAACACAGUAUUACUUUGGCAACAUCAACUCGACUUACUCAGCAGUCAUCGACUGUGGCCCUUGCUCCCGGUACUUUCAUGCCCAGAGACUUUCCAACACAAACCUGCUGUUUGUGGUGGCAGAAAAGAUGAUUUGCAGUCAGUGCGACUCCAUGAAACUGGAUCAGGCUGAGACACGCUCUGAGGGACCUGAGCAGUGUGAGCUGGUGCAGAUGCCACGUUACAGGAAAGGGCCACACAUGUGCUUUGACUACAACCCAAUGGAGGACACGUCAGACUGCGGCAGAGGAUACCUGUUCCGGCCGUCGUGGCUCUUGCUGAUGUUACUCCAGGUCCUUAUCCAGUUUGUCUUGCCCCAUGGCUUCUGGUCAACCUCCAGUCGAGGCCUUUAGACGUAAUACAAUCUCCUCCCUCUAUCACUGCGCCUUCCUGAGGCCUGUUUCCUGACGUGGUUACCAUGGCAACCAAAAGAACACCUCUCUUUUUAAUUUUCGGGCUGAGUUACCAGAACAACCAGCGCUUAUUUAGGAUGAUUUUACUGUGACAACAAAGAGACCUUCCUAUGCCAUCGGGGAGAUAUUUGGCAACGCCAUCUGGGAUAGUGGCAGCAGUUACCAUGGCAAGUUUAAAUUCCUGUUGAUUGGGCAUGGUAACCACGGCAACUCUGAGGAGGUCCUGUUUCCUGUUCAUCUGUCUCCAUGGUACCUAUGCUUAGACCUCAGGUUCCAUUACUAUCCUCACUUUAAGGGCCAGGUCUAUCAAAAUCUGCCCCUAUGUCUUGAGUGGGGUCAUGAUCUUAUUGUGACCCUUUGUUUUCCAACAUAAAGUGUGUGGUGGGGCCAUUGUCCUUCUUUUUUUCCCGUACCUUUCCCACACUGAGCUGGGAAGCAGAGGUAAUGUGUUGAUGACAUCAUAUCCAUACAUGCUCAUAUCAUCAAGAUUCAUCAGGUCAUUGUCUGUAGGACUCAUCCAUGUGUUGGGUGACCAUUCAUGUUAGAAAGUGCAUUGAGCCAAAGUCACCUGAGAAGUGACACCAACAUACUGUAAGUGCAAAACCAGGCUGUACGCACAGCAGCACCCUCUGGUGGGCAAUAGCAGUAUUACAGCUCCCAUUUCUCCAUGCAGAGCAUCAGAUCCCUCAAGGCCCAUGAGUAGAGAGAGCCUAGUGUCCAUCAUCUGUUCUAAAUACUUCAUAUUAAUCCUUCUGUCACCUGUAAUGCCGCUGUCUGACUUGAUGCUCAUUGCCGCCCUAGCAACUGACUUUCUCUGAACUGAUCUGCAUGUACGGGGAUCACAAUUCUGCAGCACACGUAUCCCACAAACCUCCCUGUCAUACAGUACGGUACCAAAGAAGCAGGUUUUGACUAAACGUGUUGCAUCUCUUCGGCGUAACGUGUCACAUCUGAACAGGAAGCAAUGGCCACUGUUUGAGUAAUAACGUACCAAAAUGAGCGUCAUCCACCCAAAAUAAUAGCGGUGGCUUUGUCCAUCUGAGAUGUGUUCCGCUGUUCAGCCAAGGUUCCUGACAAGCCGACCUGUUUGGGAAACAUCACAGUGCUCUGCGGAUCUCUCGUUAGCCGUGUGUGAUAGUGCAGUUCUCGUUUAGUCAUUCUCCAUCAUUCUCUGCAGUCCGGAGCUGUCGUGUACAGAUAAUAAUAAUAAUAAUAAGAGCUUGAAGCCCUGUAUUUCCACUUGAAGAGCCGCCUCAAGGCAGAGCACAAUGAUGACACAAGCACAGGGGGCGCUGCACUUAGGAGCUUCAUUUCCCUGUAGCUCUUGAGUGACACAAACCCAGCACAAUAUACAGGGCAGUGGAAAGAUGGAGUGUUCGCUGUGUUUGGAUAGUGUAGUGUGAGGGAAUAGAGACGCUGUGUUCCACAGAAGCACACUAUGACAUUUAUGGAUACUGUCACCCUAUUUGCAAAAGCCUGAACUUUUCCCUGUCACCCUGUGUUCUGACGUCCAUUACUAAAGGUAACCAUUACUAAUCUGUACCGAGUGCCAAGAGGUUCUGCAACACAGAUAACAUUAUACAGGCCGGAGUAUCCCAAACACAAACCCUGCCUGGUACUAUUUAUGCAUCAUACUGUCCCUCUCUACAAUACUUUCUGUUGCUUUAUGGACUCCAGUUCCCGUAACUCUUCCUGGUGCUCAGGCUCUGUCUCUUCUUAUAGUCUUGCGUAUGGUAACUGUGCCCUGUCCCUGUUGCUCACUAUACUCUGCAUUGAUUGCCUGCAUAUUUAUAGCCCUCUUUAUUUUGUUUUUCUCCUUUUGCCUCUAAAUACUAGGAAUAUUUCACUUCAUGCCAAAGGGGUUAACCCCCAAAUUUAUGAGUGUAUUGUCUCUUCUAGAUUUUUGACACUGAUGCUCCUCCUCCAUGCUUUCUACCCAUUGAAUACUGGGAAUUCUCCCUCACCUCCCUCUUACCAUUUAUCCAAUCACAGGGCUGGAUAUUUCAUAUGGGUGCAUGGGACAAAUUGCAGCAGUGGAUAUAUAAACUCCCAUACAUAAGCAGAUAUUGGCUUCCAAAUUGGCUUUCCUCUCUUGCACAUCAAAACUAUGACCUUUCCCUAUGUACUCAGGGAUCAUUGAAACAUCAGUCAGGCCAGGAAGAAAAUUAAUAUGGCCAGGCAACAGCACCUGAGCCAGCCAAUCACAGGGACUUUAACAUAAAUGCCAACUGCAUUUAACUUACCUUUUUGUCCCUAUUUAUUGACGUUGGUAGCUCCUAUGUGGACUGGCAGCCUACAGGACUGUAAUACAACUGGUUUAAUUCAACCAAAACUUGCCUCCAAGUCAAGAAUUCAAAAAUAAUCACCUGUUUUGAGGCCAAAGCAACAUCCAAGGGACUGGUGAGUAAUGUUGCUCAUGAGCCACUGGUUGGGGAUCACUGAUCUAUAGGAACACUAUGCUGUGAAUUACUGAGUAGCCAUUGGAUUUUUGUACAGUCCUCCCAUUCUGAUGUGUAUAAAGUGGAAGAUUAGACUGCCAUAAAAGGCAGCUGCUGUCUCUUUCAGGCUCAUGACAUACUGGGCAUAUUUGACUGCUCAAGUGAAUAUAGUUGCUCCUCUCACUACUCUGUGUGCCUCAGGCAGGGCACUUUUUGCUCAAGCAGUCGGACGUGAGUGUUCUCCACUGGAGGUCAGAGGUGGUCAAAAUGUCCCAUGUGCCAUUAGCCUACAGAACUUUGUCACCAAAUGUCAAAGCCAAAUGACCUCAGAUGCCAACAACAACAAGCUUAAUGUGGAUAAAUUUCUUAAUAGUGAUAAAUUGGGAAUUACCCCAACUGUGCGCCAAGUACAGUCUUUCUCUCCUCUCCUGAGAUAUCAUCCAGACCAUCUAACCAGCCUUACCCAGUGAUGCCAGUUGACUCCAGAGCUUCUCUUUACUAACGUUUGUUCCUAUUGGCCAGAACUCCCAUCUAGCUCCUGUGUUUACUAAAGUGCCAUGCGCUUUAUAUGUGCCCUUAGUUCUACACGAAUAACAACUUUCAUUCUGGUACCCAUUAAGGUCGGCCCCAUAUUGUGCUAUAAAUCCUGCAGAUUCUUUUGGUGCCAUCGCCAAAAAAUUACACAACAUAUAGUUAUUAUUAUAUAUUAUAUAGUUAUUAUUAAUGAUCAGUGAGUCCUAUUUAUCAAUGUAUUAUCAAAUGUAAUUACAAUAUAUACAUAUUUUAGUUGAUUUGACAUAUCAAUGAAUUCACUAGUAACAAAGUUAAUAACCCACCCCUAUAUACACGUUAAGGUUGCAGCUACCUCCAACUCCGACUGAAGCAUUUGCCAUAGUGACCAUUAUGAAAUCCAGCCCUAUCCACUUGCCCCCAUGUUCAUGGCACUAUCUCUUCUCUAUCAAGUGAACAUACUUGGAUCCAUUCAGGAUCCUUCACAAACACGUGUCAGAAGCAACCAAUCAGCAGCUAGCUUUCAUCCUUCUAGUGCAGUUGGUAUGAUGACAGCUAAUAUCUGAUUGGUUGCUUGCUGUGGCUUAUGCCAAUGGAGUGGUUCGUACCAUGUUAUUGAACAAGCCCAUAGCGUCCGUUGUAUAAUGAGAGUAUGCUCACCUUACAUUUACCCUCAUUCUGCCGAUAGAUGCCACAAGUUACCCUCUGCUGAUACUCGGGGAAGGUUGGGAGGGGGCAGAUUAGGGCGAGGAUUCAUUUGUUACUUCCCUUACCCCCCUUGAUGGUCAUUUUGCUUGUAGCUUUUUGCGUGUGUUUGGGCCUUGUUUUGGGAAUGUGACUGUGCUAAGAGGGGUGGUUUGUGUGUGCAUCAGGCAUAUGUCCGCUCGUCCUCGUCAGAUCCUCCAUUCCAGAAGAGAAAUGAAAUCUAUAAAUACGUAUAAAUAUAUAUAAAUAUAUAUAUAUAUCUGGGAGGCUUGAGGGUCAUCGCUGCUGAAAUUUCUCUCCAUCGGUUAGUGGCUUUUUUUCCGUUAACUGGAGCAAAAGUUUAUUUAUUUACUUAUUUAUUUGUACAGAAAAAAGUUCAACAAGUGACAGAAAGUUUGUAAGAUAUUGUGCGUGUGUGAUUUACUUGUAAAAUAUUUUCAAAUGGUUUAUUACAAAGAAUCAGUUAAUAAAUAAUGUGCAUAUUUUCACUUCA